ACAAUGAGGAACAUGAAGCAGAAGAACAGCAGCCACGAAGAAGAAAGUAUGGCGCGGAAAUGCAUGUGGAUGAAACCAGAAGUCUGAAUUAAACCCACGUAUUUUUGUUGUUGUUGUUUUUUUGGAAAGCCUGGAAUCUUUAUUAAAGCGUGUUAAUGGACUCCCCACAGAUGGAUCGUAACCCUUCGCCGCCUCCAGACAGACCUGAUGGGACUGAUGAAGAAGAUGAUGCUAUUGGAGAGACUGUAUAUAGCAAGCAUUGGCUCUUUAGCACCUUAACUCGCCUUAUACAGAUGGUGACCGAACAAGAAUCGGAAGAGGGAGAAGGUCUGAUAGAACUGUCUGAUGAGCUUGAGGAGGAGCUGUGUAAAGUUUGGGAUAUGGCCAUGAAUAAGGACGUGGCUGGUUUUCUACAGGAGUUCAAAACUCCAGACAUCCUGCUGGGAGUAAUUGCUAAGUCACGUAAUCCACGCCUUACUGAAAUCUGUGUAGGAAUUUUGGGAAAUAUGGCCUGUUUCCCUGAUACGUGUGAGUUCAUUAGCCAGAAUGACGGACUAGGUGCUGUGCUGCUCUUACUUUUGGGUGACAGUGAUCCUCCCACAUUGUUAGAGACAUGCAGGCUUCUCCUGACCUGUGUCUCUCAAGCUGAUGUCGCUCCCUUGUGGCUGGAGAGGAUACAGCAGCAGACGGCCACGUGCAACAGCCUUUGCUUCAUAAUGCGCAGUUCCACUAACGUGGAAUUAUUGAUAAAGGUAGGAGAGCUUGUUGAUAAGCUGUUUGAUGAGGACGAGGAGCUGAUGAAGAGCUGGCUGUCUGGACCAUCUAGCGAGAGUGACCAGGACAAGGACACACACCAGGACGUCGCUUCUGCAUUACUGGAGGCCGCUGUACAGCUUCGGAAGGAGAGUCCAAAGGCCCUUGAAGCGUAUCUGCAUGCUCUUCAGCUCUUAACUACGGUAGAUGAAGGGCUGCAGAAUCUCGUUUCUGAUGGAGGGUGUGGUGUCUCAGUAUGGAAGGUGGUGUGUGAAGUGGUGUGUGAGGAUCUGUGUCAGCCGGACGACCCUCCUCUCAUCCUGCAGGAGCAGAAGGCACUCCUGGCCCCUGCCCUCGCUCUGCUCUCUGCCUUAUACGCCAACCUUCAGACAAACAUCAGUUCAGCGUUGGUGGCUAGUCUUCUUCGCAUCCUGUACUUUGAUCAUGAAAAUCAGCUUGGGGAGGAGAGUCAUCACGAGUCGGGAAACGGACCAACAGACGGAAAGACGGACGGGGAAAGAGACGUACAGCUCCAGGUGUUGGCUGAGAUAGCAGCGGAGUUGCUUUCUACUCUGCUCACAGAUGUGCCCAUGGAAGUUGUGUCAGAGUUGCUGAAAAUGGAUCAGCUUACCGAGAAGAUCUGGGUGUCUGCGUUAAAGACACUAUUGCCACAGCACAACACAUCUGUGCUCUGCUUCAUUUCCACACUGACCAAGGUGGAGCCUAAACUAGCAGACGUUAUAAAGAAGGAGUGUUCCAUCACAUCAGACUCAAACGAGCCUAAACCAGAGCCAACAUAAACUACACCAUUUUGGAUUAGACAUGCCGAUUCGAUCCUUAUAUAUAAAGAGAGCCAGGGAGCCUGUUGGAGCUGUUUGUGGUGAAGGAAGAUCCUCUCGUGCACAUUUUUUCAUCUUUUAAACUUACAGCACAGAACUGGACUCUUAGAUAUGGUGUCCAGUUUUGUUAUGGACUGAAACAAAUAUUUGACUCUCAGAUGCUGAAAUUGUUGUGUUUAUAUUGUCUUUUGUGUGUGCGCAUUGUUGUGACAGUCAGCCUAUUUAAUAAAAUAAUGUUUCUAAAA